AUGAACAGAAUCAGAGUACUGGGAUUAGUGCUCAUGUAUUAUGUUCUGUCAUUAAGCCUGGGAUAUCUAACAUCGUUUCUGCUUUCCAAAAAGACAUACAAUUUCUCCUUUCCCUUGUUCAAGGCGUCCAUGCAGAACCUGAUCCAUUUUUUCGGAGCAUCCACAGCCCUGAGGUUUCAGAAGGAAAAAGCUCCAAAGCCUAAUUACUUUGGGCCUUCGUUUCCAUGUGCCCUUGCAGGAGCCACAGACAUAGGCCUUUCAUCCAUAUCUCUAAGGUCGGCAACCCUUGCAUUCUACACAAUGGUGAAGUCUUCUUCUCCGGUGUUUAUUCUGUUAUUUGGAUUUGCACUUGGGAUCGAGAAACCAUCGAUAACGUUUUUUCUGACGAUAUUCACCAUUGGCGUGGGAGUGUUUCUCACGUCAAUAAAAAACACAAGCUUUGAUAUUAUUGGAUUCGGAACCAUCUCGUUUGCUUCUUUGAUGGCAGGGUUCCGAUGGGCGUUUGUCCAAUACCUUAUUAGAAAUCAGGAAGUCCGGAAGGAAGGAAUUCUUGUAACCAUAAGGGACCUUUGCCUUCCCAUAUCGUUCCUCCUCCUCUUAAUUUCUUUGCAUGUUGAAGGUCUCAUGGAGAUAGCAACAUCUAGGUUUUUCAACACGUUUGAUGCUGCCCUACGAAAUUUUGGGUAUAUUUCUCUUUGCGGGGUCCUAUCAUUUACGCUACUAUGUGCAGAGUUCAUGCUUGUUUCGGAAACCGGUGUUGUGUUUCUAAGUGUUGCAGGGAUUGUUAAGGAGCUGAUAAUUAUUUUUUAUGCAAUAGUAACAAAAGAUAUCACCCUAAGCAGUUUGAACUAUGCAGGAUUAGCCAUAAGUAUUGUGGGGAUACUAAUAUACAAUCUCAGCAGAAAGCCCUUCUGCUCCCAUUAA